AUGGCCUCCACGUCGUCGUCUCCGCUCUCUCUUGUCCUCCUCCGGCCGCUCCCAUGCAGAUCCCUCCUCCUCUCAAAGCACAGGAAGCCAUUUCCCACCCCAAGAACCGGCCGCCUGGCAGCUUCAGCAGCAGCAGGAGCUCAGCAGCGGUUGCUGCGGCCGCCGGAGACCGGCCGCUGGAGCAGGAGCUCGAGGAGCGGCAGAGACUUCGCGUGCUUAUCCUACAACAACCCGCCCCCGCCUUCCGAUAAGCAGGAUUCGAACGAGUGGCCCAUCCUUCGCCGGUGGGAUGUGCCGUGGGAGUGGCAAACUGUUGUGCUCAGCAUGGUGGGCUGUGGAGUAAGCUUUGCUCUGACAGGAUUGGUUGAGCAGUCAAUAUUGCAAUACGUAGGGUUUUCAGCCGCGGGGGCAACUAUAGAUGAGAAGGCAGAAAUACUGUUCCUCGGACAACUUAGCGUGACUGCUGUUGUGCUUGGUGUUAUAUUUAGCAUCACCAAUACCUUCCGACCAUUCCCUGAUGAUGUCUUCCGUUACGAUGUCAAAGAACCAUUCAAGCUGCAAAAUGGCUGGCUUCUGUGGGCUGGUAUUGGCCUCUUUGGUGCAGUCAUUUCCAUUGCUUUAGUUGGAGCUGCCAUGACCUAUCUGAAUGGUGCACCUCCAGAGAGAGAGAAGGACUCACUGGUCCUUUUACUGCCCCUAAUUGGCUCAUCAACUCUCAGCACUGCCUAUUUGGUGGGAAUAACUGGAGUUCUAGCACCAAUUCUGGAGGAGACUGUGUUCCGAGGAUUUCUAAUGGUGUCCUUGACUAAGUGGUUUCCUACUCCAGUCUGCGUGAUUCUCAGUGCUGCUGUAUUUGCCUUCGCUCAUUUGACACCUGAUCAAUUCCCACAACUGUUUGUACUUGGUGUUGCACUGGGGUUUACAUAUGCUCAAACUCGCAAUCUUCUAGCUCCUAUUACAAUACAUGCAUUUUGGAACUCGGGAGUUAUACUACUGCUAACCUUUCUUCAGUUGCAAGGAUACGAUAUCAAGGAGCUAUUGGGGGCGUCUUGA